AUGAAUAAAGAAGCUAAGGUGAAAGAGAUCAUUAAAGAUGGGAUCCAGAAUUGGUGGCCCACAAACACUAUAGAGUUGAAUGAGAUUAAGGAAACUCUUAUUUUGGAUCUUAUGGGAGGUGAAGAUCAGGUUGUGUGGAUACCUAAUGCUAAAGGAACUUUCACUACUCAUUUGGCUUGGGAAGAGCUUAGAAGCAAGAAUGGGAAGGUUGCUUGGUGUAGGCUAAUUUGGUUCAAAAAGCACAUCUCUUGUCAUGGUUUCAUUUCUUGGCUAGCCAUUAAAGGCAAACUCAUGACAAGAGACAAGCUCCUCGAGUUCGGCUUUAGCUCCUCAAGCAUAUACCUCAUGUGUAAUAAAGAAAAUGAUGCAUAG